AUGGAAAGUUCGUCAAUCCCAAGCCAGUCUUCGGCACCACAAUCCUUCGUAUCCACGAAUCCCAAUCUCAUCGACAUUAGUAGCAAAGCACGCCAACAUGAUGAGUCCAACGCUUUCUCUACCGACGACCGAAGCGAUCAUGACUCACGAGGCUCCGAAAGCCCGACACCAGAACGCGAAACGUCCGGCACAUACAUCCCCUCACAACUACACAUGGCCAUAUUCGUCGCAGGGGUAGUCUUCCUCAUACUCGCAGUCUACCAGGGCAUCUUGUACAUUCCCGGUGCUCAGCCUAGCACCGCUGCGCUUGCUUCAGGCAUGAUAUGGACGGCCAUAACGCUGCUGCAACCCUACUUCCUCGGCGACUUCAUCUACUACAUAAGCUACGCCAUGGGGUCCAUAGCUUGGGUCAUCGAAUCUGGAAUCCACGAUGGCUACGGCUACGGUCAAGCAAUCGGAGAAAGUGAAUUCCAGGGUGCAGCCAUGGACACACUGAAACAAAUUCUCGUGCACGUCGACGAACUAAUUACGGUAACUAAGACACAUACCGGCCACUCGCCAGAAGGUAUACGAGCGACAAACGAGGCGGACCCAGCAACACCAUCUACCGAUCAGGUUUCUCUGGAAGAAGAGAGUGGGUCUAGAAGCUCCUCACGGCGCCGUAGUUCUGGCAGCGCAUCACCAAAACCAAGGCCCGCGGUCCCAAAGAAGAGUAGUCGUAUCAGUAAUAUGAAGAUUUAG